AUGACGAGCACUUCAACCGACGUCCUGACACCGACCACCAACGGACUCACCACCAAGACAACGUCGUUAACGAUCCCUCGUUUUACCCCCGGGCCAGGAUGCGUCAACGCUUCCAACAUCUUCUACGAGACAGCCGAGUGCUCCUGGGGCACUGGAAUAGGCCUAUAUAAGCCGGAUACGCACACAUGCACCUUCUUUGGGAUUGAUGGAGUUGGGGAUGAGCCAAACAACGAUUGCCUCCCAGGUUACCGUGAUAUCGCAACGGCAUGCCCUGUUGAGUACACGGUGGCGAGCACUUGGGAUUGGGAAAAGUCCAACGGCGAGACUACUCGCGAGAUUUACUGUUGUCCAACUGUCUAUGACUUCAAGUGGCGUGGAAUGGCAACCUUGACCGACAAUAGAGGCAGCUCCGCCAGUCUGACGAUAUCCUCUUGCGUCGCCAGGCAACCUUCAUUUUCUGGUAGCCCUCCAUGGGCAAUGAACAUCAGCUACUGGUCGACAUCUGGCGACAGGCUCGUCAAGGCCGCGACAACCGCAGAAUUCGACCCCGAGACGGACAAGCUCGUAGCCUCGGCUGCCACGAUAAACUACGUAAUCAACAAACGCGGCUCAACUUGUGUUCCGGACUGCUCAACGCCUUAUACGGGUGGAGAGUGGCCACCAACGGUUACGGGGACAUCGUCAACUCAGCCGGUAAAUGAUUCGCCCCUUAGGGGUAUGGAGAACUUUAUUUAUGUAAUUAUUGGAGUUCUCGUGGGUGUUGCACUUCUCUGUACUGGAUGUUGCAUUUGGGGUUGUAGGAGAAGGAAAAAGAAGGAGAGGGCGGCGGCACGAAGACAGGCAUUGGAGACGGUGCCGGAGGAUCAAGGGACAAUACAAAUGGGAAGUAUGGAGGGAGCUAGGAAAGUCGACUAA